AUGGCUCUCACUGCUGCUCAACAAGAACUAUAUGACACUUUGUCGGCUGCCGACCAAGCUGGCCUCAACAGCCAGACACCAGCCCAAAAGAAACAAACUCUGGACAGGCUUCUUGCUUCCAAGAAGCGCCUUGCCGCAAAGUCUGCCGCCGCCCCCGAUGUCACCAACACCGUCUUCGAGCAGAUCUUGUCGUGGGACAUUUCUGGGACUGCUGACGCCUGCAUCCUCUGCGCUGGCCCUAGCUCCUGCUUCCUCGACUCUCAGUAUUCCAAGAUGUGUCCCGCUCCGUGUUUCCACUUCGUCCAAGCGACGGUUCAGAAAGGCGAAGAACCCAAAGGCAAAGUCAUGACUUGCGAAUCUUGCAUGGUCCACUUCGAGCCCGACACCCUCUUCUGGGGGCGUUGGGAGGGGAAGAAGAGGUUGUACAACCACGUGAACUACACAGACUGCAAGCCCAAGACUUGCGAAAAAGGAAAGUGCGGAGAGUGCGGUACCGCAGCGAGCAUCCGCUUCGACUUAAACCCCGUAGACUCCGACGACAGCGACAAGCUGUGGUGGCGGCAGGCCCUCUCCCUGACGCGGCUAUAG